UUGGACAAGUAAGGCAUAGAAAUGAACGGUCUUUCGUUUUCCGAGAUCUGCUGUUUGUUUUGUUGCCCACCUUGCCCGGGAAGAAUAGCGGCGAAAUUGGCUUUCCUUCCACCAGAUCCGACGUAUUCGUUUCAAGAUUUGGGCGAUGGAAGCUUUGGGCUUCAUCUUACCGAGAAAGCCGAGUGGCAGUAUGGCCAGAAAGAGUUAGAUUGUAUCGAGGUUUUCACGACGAAAACAAGCAAAGGAAAUCAAAUCGGGUGCAUGUACGUCCGAUGUGCCCCUAACGCUCGCUUUACACUCCUCUUCAGUCAUGGUAACGCUGUUGAUCUCGGACAAAUGUCAAGCUUUUAUGUGGGGCUUGGAACUAGGAUAAACUGCAAUAUAUUCUCGUACGAUUAUUCUGGCUACGGUGUUAGUCAAGGGAGACCUUCAGAAACGAAUCUUUAUGCUGAUAUCGAUGCCGCAUGGCAGGCGUUACGUACUCGCUAUGGAAUCAGCCCCGAGAAUAUAAUAGUGUACGGGCAAAGUAUAGGCACUGUUCCCACUGUAGAUUUGGCUUCGAGAUUUGAAUGUGCGGGAAUAAUCCUUCAUUCACCGCUCACUUCUGGAAUGAGAGUAGCCUUUCCCGACACCAAGAGAACGUGGUGUUUUGACGCUUUCCCAAGGUAAGUUUACAAAUUUGUGUCUAUGGAAUUCGUACAAGUAAAUUCGGCGCGUGCUUAACUUUACUUCAAUUCACUGCGUUCCACCGAAACGAUCAAUCAUCAUUAGACUGCAAAUCAAAAUACAUUUCAACUUUUAUAGGACAAACUGUGGGUUUUUACACGGGGGUAAAAAUUCCACUCAAAGAAAAUUCCAUUUUUACACUAACAAGCUUGUAUUUUUAUUCUGGUCUGAAGUGACAUAUCCAAUAUUAUCUUUCAAAACUUUUUUUUGCCUUACUGUACGCAUAUUAUAAGCUUGAUCUCUAAAAUUCUAAAAAGGGUUGAGUACAGUUGACUGCAUACUAUCAGCCUUGUUUCUGAUAUUUAAAACUGCGCUUUAAAUAAUGAUUGACUCCGGCCAACACCCGUUUCUUUACGUCUAGAAUUUAUUCAUUUCAAAUUUUUGUAUGUACAUAAGAGAAAUGUAAAUAAUACAUUUCGCUCAAUGGCUAAGAAUAAACAGAUGUAUAAUUCCUUUUUUGAAAUAUAAUAAUUUUGUUCAAUGAAUUACCAUGAGUACAACCUGUCUUUAACCAUCUUUUACAUGUUAGUUGAUUCCCAUUCCUUGAUAAUUCCCAUUAAUUUGAAAUGAUUGUCUUAGAAUUUUUUAAAAAAACAAUCUUUAUCCCCUGAACCUCUCCUGUGAUCGUUUUUAGUUUAUUUAGUGGUAAUUAUAUAUAUAUCACUAGUUUAACGGCCCGAUAUUAAUGGGCCAAGUUUUAUAGAGUGGAUUACAAGUUUGGUCAUGGUUGUUCCAGAACUUUAAUAGUGGUAGACCUAUUUUACAUUACAUUUGGGUCAGACUUAAAAAUUCUGAAAUUGAUAAUCUGGCAAACAACGCACUGUGGUUCGUUUACGUGUACAAAGAGUACUUCAUGAGCAGUGAACAUGACUGAGAAAUAUGAAAAGUUCUGUGAUCUCUAGGAGAUAAUAUAUCCUAGUAAAAGAUUUAUUAAUUUGUCUAAAUUUUGAACAGCCAAAAGUAAAAGGAAUUUUGACUGGCUGAAGUUGGUUAGUCAUGUGCAGUAACUAAAAAAAACCCUUGUUCUGCUGGGUUGUCAAAAGUGGCUGGCUGCUGGCAAAAAUCAGCGUAUCUGGUGAUAUCAAGGAGCUACGUGGCUGCACUACAUAGCAUAUUACCCUGCCUAAGUACUUCAAACCCUUAUGUAGGGGGGUAAGGGGGGUACAAACAACGCAAAACUGCACAGAAAUACGUAUAAUCACGGCACAGAAUAACAUAAGAAAACUGCAAACUGAAUUGAAAUUACCAGGAAAUUUCUAAGUACUGCAAAGUACAUGGUUUUUUUAAAACCACAACCCCACAGCUUAAAAUAGAAAUUUCCCAAAAUCGCAUCAUUGCAAACCCUUACACCCUCCUCCUUAAGCUUAUGGCCAUUCUGCAGGUUUUUUAUGUGGCUUCCAAAUAUCACAAUCCACAUUGAACCUCAAUUUCUAUUGUCAACUGUGUACAUGUAUAUUCAGUAGGAAGUUAUUAUUUUUUAUCACUCAUAUUGUUGCAGACUGAACUGGACUUCACUCUGUCCUAUUACGGGGUAACCUUGAUAUAACAAUCUGCUAUAUAACAAAGUCAUCAUUACAAUUAACAGUUUUCUUUACCCCAGUAGUAGUAAAAUGUAUGAAAAAGAACCUCGAUAUAAUGAAACCUCAUUAUUGUGAACAAAUUUUGGCAAUCCCUUGGCCCCUCAUUAUGUCAAGGUUCUACCAUUUAUGAUUAUUUCUUAAUCCUUUUUUCAUUUUUUUGCAGCAUUGAGAAAGUGUCAAAAAUUGUGUCCCCAGUUCUUGUUAUUCAUGGAACUGAGGACGAAGUUAUAGAUUUCUCCCAUGGAUUAGCCAUCUAUGAGCGAUGUCCACGCACGGUUGAUCCCCUUUGGGUUGAAGGAGCAGGUCAUAAUGACGUUGAACUGUAUGGUCAAUAUCUGGAAAGGUUGAAGCAAUUUAUACAACAUGAACUAGUGACAAACUGAUUGAUAGGGUAAAAAAUAUUAUUUGAUAUUUACAGAAAUGUUGUUCGUUAUUUUUUGUAAAUUGAUUUUCAUUGAUUGUUGAGUAGCUUUGCCUAGGAAAUGUUUUUGAGUAGGAAAAGGAUGAAUGUGAAGCUAGUCAAAUUUGGUAUGAUGGUUGUGUUAAUUUUAGAAUAAUUUUAUAGGUGAAAAUAAAUGCUCUACUGUAAUGGUAAUAUAUAUACUUACCUCCUUUCGUGAAUAUUAUCAUUAUCAAUUUGUUAUUGUUAAUAGUACUAGUUUAAGUCGAUGAGCUUUGCAGUUAUGCAUAAAUGCAAUUUUACAACAUCAUUAGAGAACAAUUAUCAUUGUUCCUCAUUGGUAAUGUUUAAGAUAUUGUCUUUCUCUGUUUGAUUCAGAGUUUGUUUCUGCAUAUGAGCCAUGUUGUGUUUAUUAGCUAACACUUACAUGUAAAUCUUGAAUUCCUUUUCGAGCACAUCGGUUUUUUGCUUACUCUAUUUUCCAUUGAAGCUUUCAGUGCAUCACAACCUUUAUCUUAAAUUACUGUUAAAUUAAGCUAUCAUUGUUAUUUCUUUUUGUCGAUGCUGUGUUAAGAUCUUUAUCUAGCACAGUUGGUGAUUCUAAAUGUAUGUUAUAUCGCUUCUCUGGUGACCUUAAAAUGGGGCAAAUUUAGUGCAUUCUUCAAACUAAACGGUUUUCUAUGGUUUUGUGUCUAUUCAUCCAAUGAAAGCAAGACACUCCUAUGAUUGAUAAGGGCAUGUACAGUAAAACACUCGCCUGGAAUAUGACCUGUUGUUUGGCCCAACAGCUGUCUAAUUAACGUUUCACUAACGGAGGAUUCAUUUGUAACAUAGCUUUGUAGUGGACACAUUUACAUUGUAACCCUUGGAAUUUUUAUUGGGCAAGAUUAAUAAAAACUUCAGGCUGGUAUAGAAAGUGUUGGCUAUAUGCAUAUGCUCCAAAAUGAGUCUACCCUAAGUCAAUAAUUGAAUCAUCAUUAAAAGUUUGGAUUUAAGCAUUUCUUGAAAAUGUAGUUCCUUUAAAAUGACCAUUGUUCUUAAUUGCAGAGGAUGAUAUUUCAGUCAAAAAAAAUCUUGGACAUUUUGCAUUAUUAAUGUGGUUAAGUAUGGGCUGUAUGGCAUUGAUCAAAACAUUGUUGGUUUCAUGCCCUAAACAUUAUCAUGAUUUCUUUGGUGAAAAUAACACAGAACUACAGAAAACUGUUUCAGUCUUUAAAGGAGAAGUUAAACUUUGUCCUUUAAAGGGCAAAUGUUACUUGCUCUGUUGAAUAUUUUUGUAAGUAUGUUCAACCGUAAAAGUUUACCUAUGAAGCUCGUUAUGUGUGCUGACUCUAUAAAUAAUGUAUGAAGAGUCCCCGGCCCCCGGCUCUUAAUGACAACCCUGGUAAUGCUGGUUCUUAUAAUCAUCUUCCUUUCAUCUUUCUGUCUGAUAAUGAUGCUAGUUAUGAUGGCCUAAUUUGUACUAUUACUAACUUCAUAGUGGCAGUCCUUGUGAUCCAACACAGCGUUUUCAAGUUGCAAUUUUUAAAGUUGCUUCUGUAAAAUAGCAAUUUGUGCUGUUGUGAAAUUUUUCAUGAGAACUUUGGCUUUAUUAGAAACUACUCUUAAUAAUGAAUUAUAAUAAUUAGAUGUUAGCCUUGGUGCUUUGAAGCCCUGAAUUUAUAAAAUGUAACAUUUAUCUUUUCAAGGCAGAACUCCAAAAAGUAAAAGGAUACGGUGCUACAAAUAUUAUCCCACAAAUAUUGUAAAUAGGUUUUCUAUGAUUGCUAAACAUAUUCAGGAACAGUAAGCCCCUUAAUUUCCAACAGCUAUCAAUAUUAUUGGUCUUUUGUUUACUGACUGUAGAUAGCAUAAGAAAAAGAAACAAAAAAAAUCUACAAUGACCCAGAUUCAAACAACCGGGCAAAAUAACUUUCUCUGCAUCAAAAGUUUACCAAAUGAGUGGUUCUUUUUGGUGAUCUUCCACUUGUGUCACCUUAGACUCCAAUAAUAUCUGCAGCAGGCAGCAGAUAUGGAUUCUUUCCAUAACUGUUUAGAAGUUAUUUUUUUUCAUUAAAUUUGUCCCUUAAAAAAAUGUUCAAAAUGUUCUUUAAGUUUUUUUAGUGUCAAAUAAAUUCAGAUCUUUGCAUUAUGAACCAACUUUAUGGAAAAUAAAAAAUUGAAAAGAAUUCAGCAUUUUACCUUUCUUGAAGAACAAUAAAGAUGUACUUGUGAAUGAAUGUGUAAAUACAGAGGAAAGAUCAAUAAAAUGGAUUGCAAUAGUGACUUGACGAGAUGCAACUGUCACCUGUUAAGUGUUGGGUAACAGAUUGGCUUUCCAGUAGUUUUAAUUUAUUUUUCUUGGUCCAGGUUGUGCAG